GUUUUCUACUCCGGGGUCGCCUGUCCAAACCCAACUGUUUCCGUGGCGAGGGCGACCCUACGAGGGCAUUGCGACGGGGUUGGCAGAAGCCCUCGAGACCAGCAUCCCUUUGUCGGCUUUCGCUGUACACCGAAUUUAGCUUUUGUCGACAUGCGAAAGGCCUGGACUCUCCUUCGAUGUUGCUCUCUUGCGUUUUAGCUCUUGGCGAAGAACACGGCGGGGAACCCUACCGCACCGGGAUGCGUCCGGAGCUCGUCGGCACCGCGUCUUCUUCGAAUAUUUGCAUAUUUAUGGUCGAGUGAGUCCGUAAACGAGUCAGAGAAAUGCGCGCAAGAGGUCAGCUUUCGAACCUAGAAAAAUCGUCUCCUGGUGUAUGUCCGUGUAUGUACGCCAAACAGGCUGCCAGCGUUCCGCGUGAAGCUCUGCGACUGCCCUCCCCGGAUCUACGCAUAAUAUAUAUAUAUAUAUAUCUAAAUAUAUAUGCAUGCACAUGCAUUUCCCCCUGUUUUUCGCUCUCGCUUUUUUUAACACGCUGUGGUUUGGUGGAGAGCGGUUUCCAAAUUCCUGCGAAACCCUGCGUUUGUCGCAUGCUUCUCUCGGCCUUUUGGCCGUUGUGCCGUUCACUGGCCGCGAAGAAAAGCGGGCAGCGAACUUAAACUUUCCAAAGGAGCUUUGUUUUCAGUGAAGGCGACAGGGCGAGAGAUUAACGCGGCAACAACACCGUUGUCCACCGCUUGUUGAAUCUCGUGCAAAGUGCGUUAGACGCCGUGUCCAGUCGUGGAUUUCGUUUCCUCCGUUGUGGGCGAUUCCCAAGAACCCACCCACGUCUUGUCUUUCCUGUCUCGUUCUCUGUACUUGUCAACUUCUUCGCCGUCCAUCUUUGUCGUGAGGUGAGAGCUUUCCGGCGUUGCCGAGACCCCCUCAGGCCCUUUUGUGCGUUGGGUUGCAGAUCUACAAGCAUCUUCUCGCGAAGGGGCUGAAGGCAGCUUGAAAAAUGCAAAUUGUAAAUGCCGCUUAUCCUCUUUACCUUUCCGUAAAAUCUUCCCGCAUGUUUCUCCUUACAUGGCUGCGAUGAGCAGCGCCGAACUGGCUAGGGGCGAGGGCCGCAUCCCCUCGGCCUGGACUCGCGUUCCGCCGGCGCGGACCCUCGCCUCCCCUCCGUGUGAUUCUGCGUCCGUCGUCCCCUCUCCGCAAACUUCCCUUUCUUCCUUCAUGCCUCGUCGGUUCCUCGUAUUUCUUUUUUACCUGCUCUGCACGAGCUACUGGUUCUGUUAUUCUGCACCCGUCACUCUGCGUUUCUCUGAAGCUCACAGCGAUGUCUGGGGGCUCCGCCGCGCUGGCAGCAACGACGCGGGGCCAGGUGGACGUGGAGGAGGUCAGGACCGCGAGGAAGAGAGCGCAGGUGAGGAAGACUCUUCGAGCGAAGACAGUGGGGAGGAUGACGAGGACAACGAGGAGGCGGAACUGAACGACGACAAAAAGGAGGAGGAGGCGGAAUCGACCGACGACAAAGAAGACCAGGAGGCGGAAUCGGUCGACGACAAAGAAGGCGAGGAGGCGGAAUCGACCGAUGACAAAGAAGGCGAGGAGGCGGAAUCGGUCGACGACAAAGAAGGCGAGGAAGCGGAAUCGACCGACGACAAAGAAGGCGAGGAAGCGGAAUCGAGCGACGACAAAGAAGGCGAGGAAGCGGAAUCGAGCGACGACAAAGAAGGCGAGGAGGCGGAAUCGAGCGACGACAAAGAAGGCGAGGAAGCGGAAUCGAGCGACGACAACGAAGGUGAGGAGGCGGAAUCGACCAACGACAACGAAGGUGAGGAGACGGAGUCGACCAACGACAACGCGCGCGACUUCGGGGGCGCCCCGCCGGUCCCCGCGAGCCAUGCCUGGAACUCCCUGGAGGCCCGAGGCACCGGGUACCCCCACGCUGGGGGCGAUGACUCCACCCGCUUGACCAAGGACCUGGAGAGAGGCAGACACCGAAGAAGCCGCUUCUCGAGCUCGGACUCUCGCGACUCCUACCGACGCGCAGCUCACAAAGUUCCACGCUUGCGAGACGAAGGAGGAUCCCGACACGGGUCGCGAUCGAAGGACAGAACGGGCGACGAAUCAGCGAGAAGAGCCUUGCAGAGAGGGCGUUCGAGGUCUGAUGGGUAUGGAAAAGACGGUUAUCGGGAGCGCUCAAAGACUCGCGCAUUGUCGAGGCGAAGAUCGAAAUUGCUCUCAGAGAAGGAGCAGAGGGUGACGCCGAACAGAGAGGCCCGAUCGUAUGCUCAUGCGGUAGAUGAAGACGCCUCAGGGUCGUUUCGAGAUCAUCUGCAAGAGCUCGCCUCCAUGUUCAGUCGGAUUGGCGGUGCAGACAGUGACGAAGACGAAGACGACGAAGAUCUGUACUCCAUUCGAGAUGAACAAGAAAAAGUCGUUGUCAGCUACGCAGAGGGCUUCACAGUCUCUGCCGCUGGCACCAUGGUGGGAAGACGCCCCACAGAUGAAGAUGCUAUCUUGGUGAAUGCGAUUCUCCCACAAAUGCCCAACGUGCGCGUGAAGGCGAUUUUCGAUGGUCACGGCGGGGACGAGGUGUCGAGAUAUUUGGCGGACAAUGCACUGACACAUCUUAGCAACUUAACAAGUCUGCGACCCCGAGACAUCAAAGCCGCUUGUCAGGCAUUGGACGACGCCGUCAGAAAGCAUGUGUGGAAGCGCGCGCCCGACGCUGGGUCAACAGGAGUUAUCGCGUUCAUUGAGAAGGUGACAGAGCCAGUCGAAGUCUUCGUGGUCGGCCGAGAGAUUGUCCCCGAGGACACAGACCCUCGGUCUUUCGUUCCGCUUGUGGAGCAGCUUCGAGUCGACGCCCUGGCUGAAGGAGACACUGAAACAGCGCUGUCUCUGGCGGCUCUCGUGUACCGUUACACGGCAGGAAGACGGUCGCGCAGGAGAAAGCACCGCAGAAAGCCGAAGAAAAUCCGGCUCGGAAAAGGUGAAGCUGUCUUCCGAGUUGUCGUCGCCAAUGUCGGCGAUUCGCGAGCCGUUCUUCUCCACCGCGACGGAUCGUUCACUCCCCUUUCCCGCGAUCAAAAACCUGAACAAGACACCGAGCGCCUGCGCGUGGAAGCAGCGGGCGGGCGCGUCUUCUUUGGCGGAGUCCCUCGAGUGGACAACAUGCUGGCUGUCGCGCGUUCCUUUGGAGACUUUUACAUGAAAGACAACCCGCGGCUUCCAGCUGACAAACAGAAGAUUAUCGCUGUCCCUGACAUUCGCAUGUUCUACGCGACCCCUAAAGAUUAUCUCCUUCUCACGUGUGACGGAGUCUUUGAGUCUCCGACGAUGACCUACAAGAACGUGGCUGACGUGAUUUAUAGUGUCCCUGCUGGCGACUCUGUGCGCGGGCGGAUGAAACACGCUGUGAAGGCCCUUCUUGACGCGGCCUACGAAACGGGAUCGCACGACAACAUUUCUGCCUUGCUCACGGCCUUUACGCGCCACGGACGCUUCUCCUCCCACACGACUCUCGGAUACUCCAUCUACACUGGAACCGGCGAAGUCAUUCAGAAAGGUCGCGAACGCCAAGAGAAUGCGAGAGUGAACCCGGAAAAGGUGAAGAAGAACGUCUCUCUCUACUAGAAGAUCGGGGAAGGGGAGACGCUAGAUAAAUCGAAGAGAGACGUCAAAGCGCCUGGGGACAUGAAGAGAAAGGGAGACAGCGAGAAUGCGCAGAAGAUGUGAAUUUCGUUUCUUCGGCAGAGGCCGUGUCAACUUCACGUGUAGCAGGUCGCCAGUGCAAGAAGAGGAGAAUCGAAGGAAUUUAUGUGUCUCGGAAAAGACGAACACACGAAGAAACUGUUCGUCCUGGGGGUCUGUCAAGAGGGCGCUCGAGUCGACUUCAUAUUGGCAAAACGAAAGGGUCGAAUCUCGUUGGGAUCUGGCUCGGCUGUCUCACCGGAAAAGGAAGAGAAAGGUUUCCUAAGACUCGCGCUGGACCGAGGAGGAAGUAAAGCACAGCGCGCGAGGCUGCAUGCAGCCGCAGUUGAUUCAGUGUAGACGCCGAGGAGAGUCCGGACACUCGCGUCCCUUGUGGACGAGACACAGAACGCACUUGAGACCGCUGCAGUCUGACAGAGUCGUCAAGAUAGGCCUACCUGAUAUCGAGACUUUCUCGGUUUGCUAUCACCAUAUCUGCUCUGCCAACUGAAGGUCUGUCGGUAUACGGGCAAGAGGCGGACGGGAGUACGUGAGUUCGCAGCCACACAUGCAGUUUCGUAUGUCCGCAUGUCCGUCUUCUGUGGUGGCCUCUGCUGCGCCGACAACGCCGCGUGUCAGUGCUCUUACACCGCGCGGAGAACUGCGGGGUGGAGGGGUGGAUUCUUAGAAGAAGAAAGGUUCAGAGGGGUGAAGAGGAGACGCGAGACCAGAGACAAUGCAGUUCACCUCGCGCGCCCUUCAUGGGCAUAAGCGAGGAGUGUGUUUUAAGACACUUCAGGUUGUGCAAUGAGGCGGCCUGGGUGGGUCGGAAAGAGCAAACACAGGGUUCAGUGAACGGGUUUGCAUGUGGGAGUUCGCGUUUCUUUAGUCUUGUCCCUGGGAACUGCCCGUCACUUUUGGCUAGCCACAGGGGGUAUGUGUGAAUGUGUCAAGCGUGGCGAGCGCGCAUGUAGAUGUAGAAAAUGUCGAUAGGUGUGCUCAUUUCCCUGAGUCCAGACUCGGGUUUCGGCGAGUAGAAUUAGUCAUUAUUGGUGAUCACUCCGUGUCGUUUCUUUCAAAAGACGAAACGCCGGGGGUUGGGGGUGGCGCGAUGCUCGCUGCCAGCAGUGCUGAGACACGCGCCCUACGGAGUAUAUACUACGAGCUUGAGGAUCAGUUCAGCUCUUGAAGGUUUACCGAACGCAAGUUAUGUGAGCACAGCAGAGAGGCGGAAAAGCCUCACCGUGAUUCGCGCGGGCGCUUCUGUUCUCUGGCGUCUCUGACUCCGCAGGUGCUGCGUUCGCAGACAUCUGCUGAGCAAGGACGAUGCACCCGUGAGUUCGCGACGGCAUCUGCACGGUAUAGGGGCAAAGGAAGGAGUGAGGAAUGAGAGAAGAGCGCUUCUUGCUUUUGCAAUCGAGAUUUUUGUCUCCGUAUGCCUCGUUGGGUCCCCGCUGUCAUUUGAAAUCGACUUCAUCGUAUCUGAUUUCACCUGCGUGGAGUCGGGGUGUACGUACACGUGUUCGUUGUCAUUGUACAGGGUGCGUCGGCCAAGAGCGAUCUUGCCACCAUGAACUCGAAAAGAAGAGGGCCUUUAUUUUUGAUGCGUUCGUUGGAUCUUGACAGAGUUCUGUGGAAGAUUCAUCGAUUUGUGCAUGCUCAGAGCAAACAAAGCUAAACGGUUGUCACCUUUUCACCGUGCAACAGGCACUCUGCAGCAUCUCCCUUUACACUUUCCCGGUUACAACACAGUGAAAAAAAAGGGGGGGAAGGGCGUUGAGAGCGGCGCGCUGGCGUUUCUCUCACGAAAGCGCCGCACUCUUGUGCCGACACCUGGAUCCGAACCGGCACAGAACUGGGAUAAAUUGAAAAUAGACACACUCCACAAGGACACAAACCAAUACACGACGCGAUGAGUUGCCCCAGUAUAUGUCGUUGCCAUGCAUGCGCAAGACGGCGAACGUCGUCAGGGCCCUGUCCCCCGUCCUCAACUCUGUGCUAAGGUCCCCUUUCCCUGACAUUUCCACUUAGGAAUGUGCACGCAAAGGGGCAUGCAGAAGAACCACACAAUGAACAGGUCUCCAGAAGAGUUCAAAAUAUGUAACAGCAUGUGCGUGAUUCUGCAGACCGUGUUUGCCCUGUGGCAUCCCUAACGCUGGGGUGAAAACGCGAGUUCGACUUUGGCGGGAACGCCUUUUACUUACACUGCGGACUCUUUCCUCGCCACGGCUUGCCGUGGAAAAGAGAAGGCAUUGCCUGUUUUGGGAUGCUUUUGUUUGCUUGCCGUUGUUACCCCGGCUGAACUGAUUGUUGGACGGGACCCGCUGGAUACGUCUCAAGCCUGGUCUGGGUCACGAUGCAAAUGCCAGUG